UCUCGUGUGUGCUUCUCUUUCGUACCUUUUGCUCGCCGCACACUUUUCUUUCUCUCCCAACAUGCUGGAUUUGGCGCAGCGCGUGGUUUUCUGCGCGCUCCUCGGCUCCGUUUACGCGUCGUGCCCUCCGCGCUGCGAGUGCUCCGAGGCGGCUCACACCGUGAAGUGCGUCUCGAGAGACCUUCGGAGUGUCCCGACCGGGAUCCCCGGAUACACCCGGAAUCUGUUCAUCACGGGGAAUCACAUCCGUCGAAUCGGUCCGGAGUGUUUUAAAGGGUUGGAUAAUGUGACGAACCUGUCUCUGAGCAACAACAGAAUUUCCGAGGUGGAGUCCCACACCUUUGCCGGACUCCGCAGCCUCCGCACCCUGGAUUUGAGCAACAAUCAGUUGGCAGUGGUUCACCCCGAAGCCUUCACCGUGCAGAACCAGUCUCUGCGGGACCUCAACCUGAGCCGAGCUCUCUACAACCACUCGUCUGUGAUGGACUUGGCCACGUCUCUGCGCUGGAGCUCCCUGGGGAUGCUGAAGGGACUGGACCUCUCCCACAACGGCCUCAUCUAUUUACCCUUGCACAUCUUCUCCCACCUGGGCAGCCUGCAGCGGCUCCAGCUCUCCAACAACUCCCUGGUGGCCAUCAACAACUCCACCUUCUCGGGUUUGGAUUGUCUGCAGGAGCUGGACCUGACCCUCAACGCCCUGAAGAUGGUGUCCGAGGAGGGCCUGCGAGAGCUGGACUCCCUGCCCAGAGCCAAUCUCCUGCUGGGGGAAAACCCCUUCACAUGCACGUGUGGAAUCGAACCAUUUGCUCUGUGGCUCAACAGAUCACAGGGACGCAUUAGUGACGCCAAGGGCCUGGUGUGCGCCUUCCCAGCCAGCAUGAGAAACACAUCCAUGCUGGCUGUGGGCACGCUGACGUUGGGAUGCCGCCAGAGCGGCGCGGGGGCGGACCUUGCUUUGCAGACCUCUUACGUCUUCUUGGGCAUAGUCCUGGGCUUCGUUGGCCUAAUCUUCCUCUUUGUACUUUAUCUCAACCGCAAGGGCAUCAAGAAGCGCAUCAAUGACCUGCGCGACGCCUGCCGGGAGGUUUGGGAGGGCUACCACUACCGCUUUGAGAUCGACUCUGACCCCAGGUUAUCACAGGUCUGCACGAGCGUUGACGCGUGACAUGGACUCUUUUCUAAUCCAUGUAUCAGACUACAUCUACACUACUACGUUUUGAUAAAAAUAUAUCUUUUGCAAGGUUUAGGUCUUGCGUGCAAACCACUUUGGUGUUUUGGAGCCCAUCAAAUAGACAUCUGGAAAAACUGCUGACACGUUUCUUUUUAAAGACUUGGUUUGCUUUGUAAUCUGGACGGGCACAAACAGAGACCUUUGGAAACAACAACGCAUGUCACUCAGUCUUAUGGGUUAGGUAGUUAACGUACAUUCCAGUAAUAGUUCCACCUCGUUGUCGGUCCAAGCUAAUAUGGAUGGAGAUUAUUUCUGCAACUGGAGCUAAAACUUGUGUGAAAACGCCAUUUCAAAAUUAAAACGUUGUAGCACAGAUAUAGCCUUUGUAGCAAAAUGUAAAAAGUGUACAGAUUUGUCUGUAAAUAUAUUCAUACAACAGUAUUAAUCUUUCAGCUUUGUUGUUUAAAGCAUGGACUGCUCCUUUAAUACAGGCACUCUCAGAUUGGUUUUUGAGUCCAAUGGACAUGAAUGUUGUACAGGAGUGGCAUUACUAAUAUUCUUGCCUGCUCCUGUAAAUGCUAUGUUCACACAAAAGCAACAGCAAGUGCCUAAAGUCAGCUAGGUGCUUGUUUCCUAAUCGGACGGAUCUAAACUGAACUCACUCUCUACAUGGCUCAUUUGUAUUCAUCACUCUGUCAGAUCCUGUCUUCAUAUUUGGCACGUAGAAAAGCAACAAAAUCCUGCAAUAAAAUCCUGACAAAAAAAAAGCCUCUGGGAAUUUAAAGCACAAUCGCUCCUUCAUCUUUGAACCAUUUCAAGCCCUUUGGUCACUGCGUCCCUCAGCCCCAGGGUGCCACAGAGGAAUUAAGCUUUCCUAAAAUCACCACCCUGCUCCUCUUUUGGCUGUUGGAUGUGAAGGGGCGGACAAUUCAGUGCAGAGCAGCGGAAAUCUCUCUCUCUCUCUCUCUCUCUCUCUCUCUCUCUCUCUCUCUCUCUCUCUCUCUCUCUUUUGUUUUAAUGCUUGAGUUUUAUUGUCAAAAUGAUGAGAACCAGUCCUGGGCUGAGGCCUCUGAAAGCAAUCUCCCCCUCCCUCCUUUUAAGACAACAGCCGCUCUGGAGGCACUUUGAAAGAAAAGUCUGGCUCUCCACGUUUUUCUGUUUAGGGGGAAACCCCCCCACUCCCCAGUGAUAAGAUACAGAUGAUUCUGAAACACCAGCUACAUUGUUUCAUUCAGCAGUUUGCUCUGACCAGUUAUGGAGUAUGCCUUAUGAAAAGAAA